UGGUAUUGGCAACCAGUACAUCACCGAGGAACAGCCAAUCAGAUGGUCGAUCACACACACGUUUAUACUUCAUGAUCGUGUUUGGUCAGGCAGGUUUUGAUUCAGUCCGGCAUGAAUUUCAGCCAAUUUCGACCUCUGGAGAUAUUUGUAUGACUCGUCCUUUUCAGGCUUUUGUAAUACUGGUACCAUCUCCGUCAUUUGUUUUUUAAUCCAAACGUCUUUGUCCAGAGUAUGUUAAAACUGAAACAAUAAAAUGACGUCAGCUACCAUAACGACGUAAUGUCAGAUGAUUUUACUUCCAAUGAGUCGGGGAUUACAACGGUGCAGAAGAGAGAACGAAAACUUCUCUCAGCUAUCUUAUUUUAAAUCUGCAAAUAAAGCAUCAUGUCGGAAGCAUCAACGUCGAGUUCUACCAUAGGUGUGCUUGACCAGGAAGAAUUUCUUGCACUGUUUGAUGACCGAGCCUUUGUGGAUCACUUUAAUGUCUUCCUCAUGUUGCCGGUUUUUGGCCAGAAUGCUGUUUAUAUUUAUCAGACAAAAAAGCUUGAAUUUUUCCCACAAAUCAGAAGACCACGUUUGUUUCUGACCCAUGAGGCUGUAAUGAGCUGGUUGUUCAAGGAGAGGUUUCCAGCAUUUCAACAGACCCGGCUCUACCUGAUGUACAACCUGCAUGGACAAAUCAAAGACGUGGGGUUCUACAUUGAGGAGACCAGUGCAGAUCACCCGGAGUUGGUGGAGGCGACACGACACUUCACGAAUAACCUGCUGGGCAGCGUGAUGGGCAUGAAGCGGUUCCUCGACUCGCUGACUGGGACGGCCGGACAGAAGGUGGCAAACUGCUGGCUGGACAUCGAGGCCCUGCGACUGGCCGACAACAGCAGCAUGCGCAAAUUCAUGAUCGACAAGAUCAAGAAAACGUACAUCACCGAGAGAAGCGAGCGGAUGCCGAGUGGCGAAAAUCUCGCUUAUCUAGAUGUGUUAAAUUUUAACAUCGUCCCUGAAGAUAAGACUGAGUUUUUGACGGGGUAUGUUUCGAUGACACACUUUGAUGGGUUUGAAGAUUUCAUGCUUGAGUCAGUGUGUGCUCUGGAGGAAAUACAAAACUUACUGAUCCAUGCAAUGAGGAAAUACUGGGUGCCAAGAUAUGUGCUGCAUGUUCUCAAUGUUCUUCCAAUCCACGACUUACAGUCACUAUUUGGCGAUGAGGGCCUGGACAAGGAAUAUAUUGAGAGGCUCAUUGACAGAAAGAAGAGUAUAUACUUCCCAAGUGAACAGUCAGACGAGUCAUUUACGAGUCUGCCGUCUUCUUCAUCGUCUCAGCAAUCAUAUACCAGUUCACAGACACCUGUCCCAUACCCGUAUCCAGAGUUUGAAACAACAACACCAUUCGAUCUGCUGUCCCUAUGGGCAGGUGGUGCUCUCCAGGCGCCAGACGGCCAGUCAUGUGACAUGAGCUGGCUACAGUGCAAUCUGUCUGAUGAGAGUCUGUCAUCAGGUGACACUUCCCUGGGGACAGAUAGCUGUGUGACCCAGACCGAGUGUCCAUCCCGCCUCAGUCUGGAUGAGACUAGCCUUGACGGCAUGGUCUUGCCCCCACUUGAGCAGAACGGCCUGGGCAGGAUGUCUCGACAGCAGAAAGCAUUCCUCCUCGGAGGGUACGGCACGGAGGUGCCUCUGCCCAGGGCCAAUUUGAGGAUAGUGCGUGCCCUGGCAUCUGAUUGUCUCGCGGGCUGUCCCUUCAGGAACUUUUUACAAAAAACAAAGAAGAAAGUUUACUUCACCUACAUUCAGUUCUGGACAGACAUCCAGAACUAUCUCCGCAUCAGUCCAGUGGCCAGGGAUGAACACGGUCAUUGCCGACGGUUGCUAGGGGCGAGGAAAAUAUCCAGCAAGUAUUUGCUGACAUCUGCCGUUUCUAAGAUUUUCUCCGAAAGAAUGAAGGAAUCAUUGCUUAGAAUCUUGUGCUGUGGAGAGGAUGAAAAUUUGUUAUUUGCAGCCCGGGAUAUUGUCUCAAAUGCCCUCAGUCAGCCAUGGAAUGAGUAUGUGGAAAAUGACAGAAGAACACUGAUUGAUACUUGUUUCUCCAAAUCGUACACACAAAGGAUGGGCCGACGGUCUCCACUGCCUCGUGUGGCUCCUCUGAGGAAUGAACACGUGUUUCUUGAAGCGAAGGCCCAGUAUUUUACCGACACUCGCAGAGACUUGUGGGAUUGCAUGGACACGGUUGGCUUGUGGUCGAAGCCACUAUUUAAACACCUGCUAUGUGAAGAGCACUGCUGGAAGUCUCUGGAACUCGCGGUCGCAAUCUACGAAGGGCCCGUGGAUGUAUCUUCCGAUCUGAGCCUCAGUUUCAUACUGAAGAGUUCGUACGGAAGUCUAGAUCUGAUGGAGAUGGUUGAAAAACAAGUCAGCCUUGCUCACCUGACUAGACGUGACACCCGAAUGAAGGUGGCGGAUCUGAACGUGUCCAAGUGUGUGUAUUUGCCAGAGAUAAACAUCCCGGACAGUGUGAAGGUGACGACGCGGCACAAGAGAUACUUGCCCAUGCUCUGGAAGAACGGAUCACGGAUUAAAUUGCCUCGGGAGCAACCAGGCGAUUUCAAGGAGAUUCUGACAAACAGGGAGCACUUUACUUUCUUCAAAGCCUAUCUGAUGCACUGCAGGGCCAAUCUGUUCCCUCUGUACUUCUGGUGCGCAAUACAGGACAUGAGCAAGACGACAAAGUCCACGCUUGUAAUGAGCAAGGCUCGUGGAAUUCUAAGGAGAUUCUUCGGGAAAGAGUCGCGCCACGGUUGCAUCCUGGAAUGUUGGGAUCCUUUAAUUCAAGCACUCAUGUUUAUGAAAAAUCCCAAUAUUCCAGCAAUAAUUUCUGCUCAGAAAAAAAUCGAAGAGUCGAUGGAAGAGAAAUGGUUUGGUCGUUACUUGGCACUGUUCCGAGAUGACAUAUUCGAUUCAGAGCCGGAAGAAGAAAAGAAUCAGACUCAUGGAGGUCGCAGAUUCCGCAGGUUUAACUUUGCGACAAUCGCAACCGUAGUUAAACUUAGCCCAGCCAAGAAAACCUUGCUGUAUCGAUGGAAUCAAGCUGUUGGUCUGUUUCUUGCCUUUAUUCACUGCUUGAGUCGAAGUGAAGAAACACGGAUCUUUAAGAUGUACCUCAAACAGUUACCACUGUCGCUAGAGGAUGGACUGGAAUUACAGAAAGUGUGGUCGAAAAAUGUAUGCAUGAAUACUAGUGCAGUGUCAUUAUUGAGCUCCAAGGAAGAGGACGGGGUGCCAAAAGACAACUCCGAGGAUGGGGUGCCGAAAGACAACUCUGUCAUCAGCGAAGAUUCGGAAGAAAAAGACUCAGAUAAAGCCCCGUCCUUGCUGAAUGACUCUGAGGCGGGAAGCAAGAAGGAAGACAUGGACACCAGAGACCUACCUGUAAUGUCUGAACGUAAAUCAUCUGGAGUGAAGCAAAUACAUGGCCAGGAGGAGAGACAACACCUGCAGGAGACCGGUGGAACCCUCAGCCCGGGAUCCAGACUGCCAGUGAAGGCCAAGUCACAGCACAGGUUGAAAGAUUCGCCUUCCAGUUGCAUUCAUCAAGACUCGGCGUAUAAAGAUAAGCACAUGGGAAACAUCUACAUCAGAAAACUGCCACGUGAUCUGCACUUUUGGCUGGAAAUGAAUAAGUACAAACGUAUGGUGGAUAGUUUGAAGUACUUGGAGGAGAUUACACAAGUAGAUUCAAAGACACUAGUGAAAAAAGCACGGGUUAUCAUUAAAUACUUCUUUGCCUCGGAUGGUGGUCAAAGAGUCCGGGUAAAUGUUCCAGAUGAGAUGGUGAAUAGCAUUGUGAAGAAAGCCAAAUCUGGCCAGAUUGAUUUUGAUAUCUUCCAUGAGCCAUAUAUUAAAAUGUUGCCGAUACUGUUUCGUUUCUGGAAAAGAUUCCAAAAUGAAUGGCCAGAGGGCAUCACAGGUGAUGAAUAUUAUAAGUUGAUGAAGAUGAACAAAAACAAAGCAUGGAAGCAAGCCAAACACGAGAGUUCAGAGGGUUCCGGAGUUGAAAAAGGAGGACCAGUAGCUUCUAGACACAGGAAGACAAGUUUACGUUUUCAUUCUCCUAUUGUAGGUAAAGAGGAUGAUGUAGACCGGAUCUCCUUCAACUUAAGUCAUGGGAUCCGUGCAAUGAUGUCGACGACGACAUCAACACCACAAGCAGCAGCAGCAGCAGCAGCAGCAGCAGCAGCAGCAGCAGCAGCAGCGAAACCACGCAAAGGAACACUGUCCCAUCUGAAAAUGGGGCCGAGCCUGACAGUGCCAUUGAAAGACGUCAAUGCAAGCCUCGUUCAGAUUCCAAUGCCCACGACAUCAUUCACCACCUUCUGGAACUGUACAGCACAGAAUGAACCAGUGUAAAAAAACAAAAAACCCACAAAAAACCAGCUACAAGUGGAACACAUUUUACAUCUAUAUGAAAUAGGUUUUUGUCUCUUUUUUUUUUUCCACCGAAAAAUAAUCUGAAGCCUAUUUUUAAAAAAAUGUAUCAUCAACUUGUGUGAAAAUCGGCUGAGCUAACAUGAACAGUGAAAGUUAUAGCAGUACGACUCAAGUGGGCGAAUCGCCUUAAUUCAUUACAGUGAAUAUCGUGAGGACAGUAUUAUAAAGUUAUUAUACUACAGCAUAUUCUUGGUGAUUCGCUUCAUUACAUGGGUUUUCUUUUUACCAGGCCAACAGAAAUGAUAUCUGAUGUGGAGUUUUCGAAGUUAUUUCUGUAUAAAAGAAAGAAAAACGUAAACCAUGUAGAUUUUUAAAAACAUAAAAAAACCCAAAAACAUUAGGGGAGGGGGUUGACCUGGUGGGGUGGGGCACAUGCUUCCCAAGCCCCAUAGGUGUGAGUACAGCCCAUGCCAUUGAUCAGCUGUCAUUUUCGAGCAUAGUUCAUAAGUUUAAAAAAAAAAUCAUGCAGUCUUAAUUGUCAAUCUUGAAAAACAUAAAUACAGGUAGUAAAAAUUCAUCGAUAGGAAUGUAGUAGACAAAAGAAAUAUAGUACAUUGACAUGUACUGUUGAUAAAUGUAAUUGUUCAAGUUUAGUACUAAUAUUCAAUAAACAAUAUUUUGAAAA